AUGCUCUUCAGUGGUGAUCCUCCCUACAAGGUGCUCUUUUUUGCCGAUUCGGAAGAGCGAUGCGGACUGAAUGUUGAGGGAGAGAGAGACAAAAUCAAACAAAGAUUCAUGGUAGGUGCAUACGAUAGUGGAAAUGCUGCAUUCAUUGGGUUUGCAAAGAACGUAGUUUUCGAGUAUUGCUUUCAAAAAAAGAUUACCGACCUUGCCGAAGCUCUGGCCAGAGAAAAACCAGUCAUUCUCCACCUAGCAUGCCAUGGCUCAAAAGUUGGUGAAACUACGAUUGGAGGCCAGAGGUACAACUCUGAGGAGCUCACGGACACACUCGCUGCCCUGGUGAAUGAUAGCAAGAACCUUCGUCUGGUGAUUCUGAACUUGUGCUGGUCGGGCAUCGUAGCACAAAGUCUGUGCAAGCAUGUUGACUUUGUAAUCGGCCACGAGAAUGCAAUACCAGACGACCAGGCGAUUGCACUUUCGGAGAGCCUCUACUAUUGGAUGGGACAGAACCAACCACUGUUUACGAAUUUCAAGACAUUUUCCCGAAAGUCAUGCCAGGCUUGUCAUCUUCUGGCUCGCACCUCAAGCAAUGUGUGUACCUGGAGGGAAACUAGAGUAGAGGGAUGCAAGCAGCUCCUGGUCAACAACCACAAAGUUCUAGUUGCUGGGGAUGAUCGGCUUCUAGAAGAUCAUGUCAAGCAGGUUAUGCACGGAAUUCAGAAGGCCGUAAAUGGGGAGCAAGUGAAGAACGAGCACAGAAAUGGAGCAUCGGAAGCAGAUAUAUUUGUAGCUUCAUACAACGACGAAGACGCGAAGAUGUUUAGAGAUCGAGCGAGAGCAGCAUGCAAAUAUUUUCUGUCCCGCAAUAGCCACGAACAACCCCAAUGGCGGAUCUGCUCUGUGAUCCUAAUGUGUUUCUUACAGUAUAAGGAUGUAUCGUUUGCUUCACAAAGGUUGCUGGGGCGCUUCUACACAAUAGUUGAUGAAAAGCUAAUUGGACGUGAUUUUAUCGAGGAGGUGAUGAACCAUUACAACGAUGGCAGGAUCUUUGCUCCCUUGUUCGAUGAUUGGCUGGAGCAGUCCAAGCGGGAUGUUCCAAAAGACAGGAUGUGCAUUGCGAUCUUGGAUUACACAAUCGUAACGGAGCUUUGUAGUGUUAUUUCCAAACCAAAUGAGCAGCAAGAUGCUCUUCGAAUAUGGAAGCGACAAGUGCAAAAAUCCUACGACCCUUCAAAGUCUUCAGAGGAGGCCAUGGACUUGAUUGAAAGUCAUCUUCGAAAUGAAAAAGUUCCUCAGAAUGGUCAGAACUUGCUGUUUUAUUGUUCUGUCCUAGACAAGGCCAUUGAUGUUGGAAGUUUCGUGAUGCUCUUGAAGAUGACGAGGCUGAGCGAAAUAUUGCUGUGUUACUCGUUGCUGGAAUAUAACAAACGCCAAGAAUCACAGGACAGAUACAACAAUCAGAGCGGAAAAGUGAAGGAGACGAGGGGGAAUGGAGGCAAGAAAGCAAAAAAUACAGAGCCGAGUGUUUUUACGGAACCUCCCGAUCGCAAGGCAAAAGGGGUGAAGGUAGAGCAAGGUACUCAGGGCAGCUACGAGCAUGUCGGCCCACUCAUGGAACUUGAGCAAAAAGGAAAAAACAUGUCGCGAGUUCAAGAGCGACUAAUACAGAACAUCAGAGAAAAAAUCUCUGAAAUGUUCACAAGUGAGAGGACCCAGACAAAAGCGAGUGAUGAUCUAAGCAACUUUGUACGAGCCAAUACGCCAGCAAUCUUACGGCUCGACUCAGAGAGAAUCCUGGAGUUGUGCAGGAUCAUUUUGACAUCUCUGACUGACAAAAAAAAGACGAUCAAGAUAAAAGAUUGUGUUCCAAAGACAAUAUUAGAAUUCUUGAAUAUAUUUGUAGGAUGGGAUGUCUUUUAUGAUAUCUGUCUUGGCUGUGUUGAUGAAAUACAACAAUUCUUGGAAUGGAUUUUCGAUACAGACCGCUUCAUUGGCAUGAUAAACCCUUCGAUAUCGAUAGAGUCAGGACAACUCAACCCACAGUGCGUCACAUCUGCCCUCGAUUUGUUGAAGAUUUCGCUUAUCAACCUGAGCAGGAUCGAUCGUCAAGACUAUGAAAAUAGCAAAUUCUUCUUUGUUUCGUUUCAUAAUAUGUUGCUUUUGGUAAUCCAUGGAUCAUUUCAAAUCUACCUAUCGUAA